AACAAGAGCAUCAUGUGUGCUUCCAACUGCAGUUCCCAGGCCAACCCCUCCUCGUUCAUCCUGCUGGGAAUCCCAGGGCUGGAAAGUGCUCAGCACUGGCUCUCCAUCCCCCUCUCUUCCAUGUACCUCAUCACCAUCUUGGGCAACGGCACCAUCUUAGUCGUCAUCAAGACGGAGCCCAGCCUCCACAAGCCCAUGUACAUCUUCCUCUCCAUGCUGGCUGCCAUCGACCUGGUCAUCUCGACCGCCACCCUGCCCAAGAUGCUCUGCACCUUCCUGUUCGAUGCCGGCAAGGUCAGCUUUGGUGGGUGCCUGGCUCAGAUGUUCUUCAUCCACUCUUUCUCCGUGAUGGAGGCCACCGUCCUGGUGGCCAUGGCCUUUGACCGCUACAUGGCCAUAUGCUCCCCGCUGCGCUAUGAGGCCAUUUUGACCAAGUCUGUCCUCCUCAAGAUUGGGGUGGUGGUGGUGGCCCGGGCGGUUGCUCUCAUCACCCCGCUCCCGGUCCUUGCAGGGCGGCUGCCUUUCUGCAGAAGCCACCUGGUGCCCCAUACCUAUUGCCAGCACAUGGCUGUAGUGAAGCUGGCCUGCACUGACGUCACGGUCAACAGCCUGUACGGGCUGAGUGUGGCCCUCUAUGUGGGCAUCUCCAACAUGCUGCUCAUCGCCCUCUCUUAUGGCAUGAUUCUCCGUGCUGUCCUCUGCCUGCCCUCCAAGGAGGCUCGCCUCAAGGCCUUCAACACCUGCGGCUCCCACAUCUGUGUCAUAUUGAUCGCCUUCGUCCCGGGACUCUUCUCCAUCCUGACACACCGCUUUGGCCACAAGGUGCCUCCACAUGCCCGCAUCCUCCUGGCUAACCUCUACCUGCUGCUGCCCCCUACCCUCAACCCCAUUGCCUACGGGGUCAAGACCAAGGAGAUCCGCAACAGAGUGUUCCGCAAGUUUUGGAAGAGGAAAGACUUGUACUGA